CUCAUCUUUUUGACAUACUUUAUAGAAUAAUUCCCUUCUAUUGAUAUUGAAUAGCAGCAUAGAAGCAAAAGGACCAAGAAUUCAAAAAUGAUCCAAAACGACUCAUCGAUACUAAAGAUCAGAUUAAAUUUAAAAAACAUCAAUAAAGAACCUAGCAGCUGUCAACCUACGGACAAGGGCGCCAAAAAGAAGGCUCGCAAGGCGCAUCGUCGUUGUAGAAAGUGCGCUGGUCAAACGCUCAGGUCCGUUCAACAUCAACGGAGGAGUGGAGAGCAUAGGCCUUCCUCCUUCAGCAUGACUGAUUUGCAUGCAAGUAGCUCAAAGCAUCCAAAACGGCUUUGUCAGCCAUUCAACGAUCGGCAUAGAAGCAGUAGCCAAUAUACAAACGGUGAUUCACAACACAGCCGUCUCCAACAGCAACCAGCCUAUGUCACUUCCUCGACCCAGACUGAUAUGGAUACAGGUAGAAAGAAGAAUACCAUCAUAGUAGAAAACAAUCCAACCAAAAAAUGGACAUCCGAAAUGGUAGAUGCUACAAAGUUGAUCUUUCGCGCUUCCCUUGCCUGAUCCAUUAAAGUCAACAACAUUCGGGUGAUGAAUGAGCUGAGGGUCAUCAUGUUAAACCAUGUCACCAUCCUUUUUGUAAUUAUCUUUUUUUUUUU